GUAGAUAAUUAUUCGAACUGAUACUGCACUAACCUACUCGAAUUUAGCGGAACGCAUCAAUAUGACCACUGGUAGUUGGCUUGUGUUCCCGGUCGUUAAUUAUUUAAAUAGUUUCAAAGUACGUGCGAAUAUAUUGAAAUAAACACUUCUGCAAAAUGAAUAUGUCAGUGGAAAAAAAAUAUCCAUCGGCACUGCCAACAAAUUGGCCGUCCAGAGAAGAGGCUUCGAGAAAAAGCCAAAAUCAAUUGUCAUCUACUGGAAAAGUUGACGUUUAUUAUUACAGUCGCGGAGUCAGAAAUGAUGCAUCGUUAGUACCACCGAUAAGACAAACAGCAUCUAUAUUUAAACAACCAGUAACUAUUUAUAAGACGCAGGAAGGAAAAGUAAAAGAUAUUAAACAUGGAAAUCAAGAAAAACCCAAACAAGAAGGAGCCGAUAAAAUUGAUGGCAAAUAUGGCUCCCAAGAUAAGCCUAAACAGGUAAUAUAUUGUUCGAUGUGCUUGUGGAAUCAAUAAUUAUUGUAUGUUUCUUUCUAUCAUUUGAAUACAUUUGAAUAUAUUUAUAAAUAGACAUUCAUAAUUAUC